AUGUAUCCCACUUCACUGGCCAUCGGAACGGGGUUAUUAUCCGGAACACUUGCCCACGUUCUAAUAUUUCGAAAGGGGGAAUGGGAUCUUUACACUAUCAAGAUACUACAAGGAAUUCUCAUAGUCUUUGGUCUCCUAGCACUGAGCUUUAAGAGGCUGGGAACUACUGAGGCUGGGUCUCCGUACAGCUUCUUGGAGUCCAUCAUAGCAUCCAUAUACAUGGUUUCGUUUAUGCUCACAGGGACCUUUUCCAGCAUAUUCCUUUACCGCAUCAGCUUCUUUCACCGCCUGUACAAGAUUCCGGGUCCUUUCAUGGCCAGAGUCUCCAACCUUUGUCUUACGAAACGACCCUCGGCACUGUCCAUCCUCGAUGCCAAGGUCUUCCAUGCAAUACACUCCAACAAUUCUCCCUGCAGUAAGGGACCUUGGUAUAACAUCGAACAGCCGGCUAUCUCUCUCCACAUGUCGCGGGACAAGAACGAUCACUCUCGUAGGCGACGAGCCUGGGACAGGGCGUUUAGCUCAAAGGCUCUCCGUGAUUACGAGCCCCGCGUGGUCAAAUACACCAGCCAGCUACUCGAUCGAAUGGAAGCGACCCAAGACAUGCCUGUCGACAUUGCAAAGUGGUUCAAGUUUUACAGCUUCGAUACCAUGGGUGAUUUAGCCUUUGGUCAGAGCUUCAAUAUGCUAACAGGUGGCGUUAAGCAUCCGUUCAUGGCGCUGGUUGAGUCGCACAUGGUGAUGGCUGGGACCUUCAGUCAACUGAUUUGGUUGUUUCCUUUGCUCAGAGCUCUACCGUUCCUUGGUCGGGAAGAUGCCAUCUUCCAGAAAUGGCUUGAGAAUCAAGUUCGCCAUCAAGAACAGAACAAGCCAGACCUUCCGAAUAUUUUCUCGUGGCUCCUUGAAGAUUACAAAACCCAGCUAUAUCCCAAAGAGCAAGACUGGUUAAACUUGCAAGCUGAUAUGCAGCUUAUAGCUGUUGCUGGAAGUGAUACCACUUCUGUAACACUUACUUGCCUGUUUUACUUGUUGGCUACCAACAGAGAUGUGUGCAUGCAGCUCCAAGAGGAGAUCGACAACCUGUUUUCCAGCUCUUCACACCUUAAUCACUCGAGCUUUGCCAAGUUGACAUACCUCCAAGCUUGUAUUGACGAGACACUGCGACUCUUUCCUCCAGUGCCCUCUGGAUUGCAGCGUAUGACACCUCCAGAAGGGCUACGAGUCGGUGACAUCUUCAUUCCCGGGGAUACCAUAGUGACUGUUCCAUCCUAUACACUAUAUCGAGAUGAACGAUACUUCACCGCUCCUGAUGACUUCGUCCCAGAGCGCUGGACGACAAGACCAGAGAUGGUGAAGAACGAUUCAGUAUUUGCACCAUUCUCAGUUGGUCGUUAUGCAUGUGUGGGUAAACAAUUAGGUCUUAUGGAAGUUGGCUAUGCUGCGUGUAUGAUCUUACAUCGCUUUGACAUCUGCCUUUCUGGUGAGGGGACUACAAGCAAGUCCGCGUUUCUGAAGGGUCUGAGAGACCAUUUUACACUAGAUGCGCCUCGGCUUAAUGUUGUACUUACAGCUAGGAAGCGCUGA